AUGGCUGUGGCAAACUCGAAUGUACCACUGCCGACAAGGCCAAUGAUGAAAUCAGCACCGAACUUGAUAUCUCGCAAACAUUCCAUCACACCACCAAUGUCGGAUCGUGGAGACAGGACCAGCUUUUCAAGUGUAAAAGAAAAUACUUCUGGAGUUCCUCAAUCUUUCACCGAUUCCAAGGUCAGCUCUUAUCUGAAGUACGAAGUCGAUAGCAACGAGAACGAGAUCGCUAUUGAUGACACGAGCAGUGGAGGUUCUAGAACUCCACCAGAAAACGCCGAGUCCGAUAUGCAAACGUUGUGGUCUACAAACCCUCAUAGCACUCUCCAUGGAUUCGUUUGCCCUUGCGAUGGCUUCCGAGGUUGGAAGCAAAUUGCUGUCCGUGGUAAGGUGGCAAGUAAAAGCUACAGUGAUUUAAGGAACAUGAAGAUGGGCUGGGGUUGGGACAGUGAUUGUGAGUCAAAGGUUACUCCCGAGCCGGAAUUGAAGCCAGAGGCAGAGCCGGUUAUGGAAGAAGUCAAAGUCAGUAAUUCUGGAAAGUCUCCAAUAGAGAUGCUACCUGCGGAACUACUUGGCGCUAUUAUUGAUCAGCUUGUUAUGGAUAUCCCCCCGGGCGGAAUCACACCACGGAAUGUUGACUUGAUGUCUCUCCUCCUUACAUCGCACGCGAUGCAUUCGGCAACCUUAGCUUCUCUUUAUACGAAAAUCACUAUUCCGCACUCUCGAGUCUUUCGCAAGUUCCUGGCCCACAUUAGGGAUUAUCCAGCUUUAGGCACGAUUGUCCGACGAUUGGACUUCUCCCACUUCAACCCAACUGGUAUUGGUCUCACUGCUAGACAGCGUGCUGAGACAUUGAACUUGAUUCCAGCAACUCUUCUCGAAUGUCUAUCAUUGACUCCAAACCUACGAGAAUUCUUGAGCCAGGAGCAUAUCGAUGACGAUAUGGAUGCAAAAGUUAUUCAAAAACUCCUUUGCGAAUUACCAAAUCUGCAAGCCCUGGACUUUUGCGCCUGCUCAUCAGCUUCUUUCCGCGACUCCUUCACCACGGCUGUGAAUACCUCCCCACUUCCUGAAGUUCUUCCCUUUACCAGAUUGAGUUUCCAUGAAUGCACAAAUUUACCAUCCUCAGUCUUUGAGACCCUCCUUCCACGACUUCCAUAUCUGACCCAUCUUGACGUCGCGCACACUCGCAUUACGGAUGACAUUCUUUUCUCUAUCCCUCAAGCAGCGAGGCUUACGCAUUUGAAUAUCAGCAAAUGCUCUUACCUUUCAGGAGAACGAGUAGUCGAAUUCCUCAGCACACACCCUGCUGUCAAGUCACUCGCCUACCUCAAUCUCGGUUCCGAUAUCAAAUCCCACGAAAUGCUUAAUCGUUUCGAGGUUACGUCUCUACUUCCAAUUCUCCCUUAUACUCUACGAUCAUUAAGUCUCAAAGGAAGCGAAAUGCAUGAAUCGCACAUUCCACUCUUCCUACCACUUACAAAACAUCUUGAGGAGCUUGGUCUAGGUCAUGGUUUACAGCUAUCCGAUGUUCGUCGACUUUUUGUACCAGAUCAAGAUGCUAGUAUUGAAGAACAAAUUGCUUGGGUUCCGCAUACUUUACAUUAUGUUGAUGUUUCAGAUCUUUCAAAGGCUCAACUCGAUCUUGGCACAUUAUUUGGUUCAAGCUGUCCGAUCCUUAGAAACGAUACAUUACCACUUGAAGUCCUUGAGAUUAGUACGGAAUGUUUCAAAGUUAUGAAUACUAGUUCUUUAGUGAAGCGCGCAGGUUGGUGUUUGAAGGAGGCAGGUCGAAGAUAUUGGUUGGUUCGUGAAGACAAGUCUGAGGAAAGUCAAAAUGACUCUGGAGGAAGACAAUGGAAAUGGGGAGCAAACUACUGGGGUAUGAGGAAAGUACCAGUUGCUCGAGCGGAGGUGGGAGGUAUGUAUGGACAUUAUAUGUUUAAGCGAUGA